CACUUGAACCUUUUUUUCUAUUCAAAAGAAAAAACGUCCCACUUUCAGUGUCUUCCCAAACCUUUAGCCCUCGAUCUCAAUUAGAAGCUUUGAAGAGAGAAUGCAGGAGCUUGAUGGGCCAUCAAUCGCCUCUGCAACUCUGGAAGCUUGAAAGGAACAAACUGGUUCCAGCUUUUUGUAAAAUCUGAUUUUAGGGAAAACUUCGUGGGGUUUAGAAGCAAGCCAAAAGAAACGAACCCAGUUCGAGCUUUUUCUUUGAUUUCACCUCUUUUUUCUUUUGGUUUGUACUCUCAAUCGUAUCGUGGACUCUCCUCGAUCUGUUGUUUCCCCAUUGAAGAACUCUCCAAUUUCUGAGCCUGAGAAGCAGAAAUCCAAUUUCUUUGCUCCGAGCUCUGGUCCGAAGGGAGUUGAGGUGAACCGAAAAGAAGUUGCCAUGUAUAACUCAGAGGAAACCAUUGGUGCACUUGAUGUAUGCAUUCAUCAGGCUAGAGAUAUUCACAAUAUCUGCAUUUACCAUAAGCAGGAUGUUUAUGCCAAGCUUUGUCUAACUACUGAUCCUGAAGAUUCUCUCUCCACCAAAAUCAUUAAUGGAGGUGGGAGGAACCCAGUCUUCAACGAGAAUCUUCAUUUCAAUGUUCGGAGUGUCGAUGCCUCGCUUAAAUGUGAGAUAUGGAUGUUGAGCAGAGUGAGGAAUUAUCUGGAAGACCAGUUACUGGGGUUUGCCUUGGUGCCAUUGUCUGAAGUUCUCGUUAGCAAUGGAAAACUGGAGAAAGAGUUUUCUCUAUCUUCUACGGAUUUGUUCCAUUCCCCAGCAGGGUUUGUUCAAUUAUCUCUGGCAUACAACGGAACCUCGCCCGAUGUGAUGGCUGUUCCUAGAACUGCCUUGGAAUCAUCAGAUGCAACUUUGAAGGAUUCUGAAAUAUCCGAGUCACUAGCUAGUGAUUUGGAUAAGAUUGAGUUUCCAGAUCCUAAGAUUGUAAAUGAAGACCAGAUGAUGGUUUCUGAGUAUUUCAGCAUCCCGUGCUCUAAUCCAGAGUCCGAAGACUCGGAGAGCCUAGCCACUUCUGGUAAUGAGGAUUGUCCAAGUUCGGAAAUUGGUGCACAUAAUGCAGAAAGCUUCUCAACUGCUUCUGUCGAAUCCGUCCAGCUUCCGAAGAUUGAUUCUCCACCCAGCAGCGUAUCAACUAAUGGAGUAUCCUCACCUUCUGCUCCAGCAAGCUCAGAGUCGUCCGAUGCUUCAGAAGCUUCAAAGCCUCUAACACAUGUUCCGACUGGAAAGGAGAAGCGUGUGGAUGUUAAGAAUGGCGAGACUGAUUCCUCCAUUGAGGUACCAAGUGAUUCAAUCUCAAAGCCUGUAAUCAGUGUGAACAUAGAGCCAGAACAGAAUGUAGUGCAGCAGGACAUUGUUGACAUGUAUAUGAAAAGCAUGCAGCAAUUUACCGAGUCGUUGGCGAAAAUGAAACUUCCUCUGGACAUCGAUAACGGACCAACCAGUUCAGGAAAUUCAAGCUCUGAUCAGAAAACACCGACGUCAAAGAAUGGUAAUUCACGAGUGUUCUAUGGAAGCAGCGCUUUCUUUUAAACUAUUGUUUCUGCAUUUUCAACGACGACACACCGAUAACUUUAGAACUAUAGGAUGAAUACUACUAUCAGUAGUGAAAUGUAAUAAUGUAUGUCUGUAGAGUGGUGUUUUCCUUUGUAUGUUGGUUUGUUUGGUACGGAGGUAAAUCAUGGCUUCUUACACCAUACAAACUUUGUUCAAUCACAGUUGGUGUAAGCAUGAAUGAAUUAUUAUCCCUCUUUGUAACAACAAUUAACUUUAGAAUGCAACUUCUAAUUAUGUGAAAUCAAAAUCAUCAGUCAUGUGUUGGUCCCA